GAUGGAGGGGGAUGCAGAGCAACUGUGUUCAGCUUGGACGGAGAGAGAGGUUAGGAAGGCGUUCUUGGAACUGGCGUGUGGGAAGUCGCCGGGGCAGGAUGGUUUGCCGAAGGAGCUCGUUGAAGCGCAUUGGGACCUGCUGGGCAAGCCAGUGAUGGAGGCAGCGAGGAGUUUCGAGGUAAUAGCUGAAUUGUCAGCAGCGGUCAAGACGGCGGCAACGGUGUUGCUGCAUAAGAAGGGUCCGAUUGAUUGGUUACAAAACUAUCACCCGAUCUCCUUACUGAACACCUUGUAUAAGGUAGUGGCGAAGGUCAUGGCGAAUCGAGCCGCUCCUGCACAAGGUGAAAUUGGGAAUCAGCAAGAGGGGUAUUGGGCGGCUGGCGUACCUUGGUGAGGGGAGAAGGGCAUCGUUAUAG